AUGGAUGUUGGUUCAACCCCCAGCAAACCAACCCAUGCUUCCUCUCCAAGUCGAUGUCCCAGGAAAACUGCCAGGAUAUCAAUCCCAGAUCGAAGACCCACAACGUUGAGGCAAAGCAAGAGGUUUUCCUACACCCAAAAGAGAGUAGAUCGACCUGCCUGGGAGAGAAACAAGGUGAACAAGUGGAUAUCCGAAAGGAAGGCCGCGGGGACUUUCGAGAAAGGUCAAGCGUCGGGAACGACACCUCAAUCUUCUGUGGACAUUGACGACUUGUCUUUCCUAUUCGAAGAAAAUACCCGCUUGCAUGGACAAGUCUGGCACAUCAGUGAUGAACUAAGCACCAUGCAGGGACAGGUAGCACAUACAAGAGGAAGAAUUGCUCGUAUGGAGAGACAGCAAGAACAAUAUCAGAUUAAGCUUGAUAACCUCCACCAAAGGAUGAACUAG